UCCCGUCACAUACGCUGAUGUGUCGUGCAUUUUUCACCUGUUAAACCUCAGUCCGCUGCCAUAAAGUCGUCUUUUUGUUGUGUGGACGCGCACCGUCUGUGUUGUUUAGCCUGUCUUAUCACCGUGUGGAUUCAAUGUGUGUUGUUUUCAGUGUAAUGUCAGUUGUGUCAGUAGUUAUUAUUAUUAUUAGUUAUUAUUUUCAGCCCUGCUACAUUUCAAAGGUUCCGUGCCUUGUCGUCCUGCAUGGCCUCAGCAGCUGCAGGGUUCUGGGGUUCUGCCACCUGCUGCUCUCACUCCAGACUCUCCAGAGCCGACAGUCUGAAACUCAGACGAGGCCGUUCACCACCGUCCAUGUUGUCUGGUCGGAGAUGCUCGGGUGUGUCCGGCCUCGCGGGUGGAGCCGUGUCUCCUGGUCCGGUGGCGGAGCUUGGCGUGGGAUCGGCGGCCGGCGAGGCCAGCAGGGAACUGUUUGAGGCCUGUCGGAGCGGAGACCUCGAGCGAGUUCGUGACCUGGUGUCAACCGAGGACGUGAACAGCCGGGACACAGCGGGGAGGAAGUCCACACCUCUACACUUUGCUGCAGGUUUCGGCCGUAAGGACGUCGUGGACUUUCUCCUCCAGAACGGAGCCAACGUCCACGCCAGAGAUGACGGAGGGCUGAUUUCCCUCCACAACGCCUGCUCCUUCGGCCAUGCUGACGUGGUGAGUCUGUUGCUGCACCACGGGGCGGACGCAAACGCCAGAGACAACUGGAACUACACUCCGCUUCACGAGGCCGCCAUCAAGGGCAAGAUCGACGUGUGCAUAGUGUUGCUGCAACACGGCGCCGAGCCGACCAUCAGGAACACAGACGGUCGAACCGCUCUGCAUCUGGCAGAAGUGUCUGCUAAGGCAGUGCUGACAGGGGAAUACAGAAAAGAUGAGCUUCUGGAAAGUGCGAGGAGCGGCAGCGAGGAGAAGCUGAUGGCCCUGCUGACGCCGCUCAACGUCAACUGUCACGCCAGCGACGGGCGAAAGUCGACGCCGUUACACCUGGCAGCCGGCUACAACCGCGUGAAGACCGUGCAACUGUUACUGCAGCACGGCGCUGACGUGCACGCCAAGGACAAGGGGGAUCUGGUUCCUCUUCAUAACGCCUGUUCAUACGGUCACUACGAGGUCACUGAGCUGCUGCUGAAGCACGGCGCCUGCGUUAAUGCCGUGGACCUGUGGCAGUUCACUCCUCUUCAUGAAGCUGCUUCCAAGAACCGAGUGGAGGUGUGUUACCUCCUGCUGAGCUAUGGAGCCGACCCCACCUUCCUCAACUGUCACAAUAAAAGCUCAAUUGAUUUGGCCCCCACAUCGCAGCUGAAAGAGCGCCUGGCCUGUGAGUUCAGAGGUCACAGUCUGCUGCAGGCGUCCAGGGAGGCCGACGUGAUGCGAGUUAAAAAGCAUCUGAGCCCGGAGACCGUCAACUUCAGACACCCGCACACUCAGGAGACGCCUCUGCAUUGUGCGUCCGCCUCUGCGCACCUGAAGAGGAAACAAGUGUGUGAACUUCUACUGAGGACGGGAGCCAACGUCAACGACAAGACUAAAGACUCGCUGACUCCUCUCCACGUGGCGUCAGAGAAAGCCCACAACGAUGUCAUCGAGGUGCUGGUCAAACAUGAGGCGAAGGUGAACACUGUGGAUCACCUGGGCCAGACGGCGCUGCACCGAGCCGCUCGCGGCGGCCACCUGCAGACCUGCAGACUGCUGCUGAGCGCCGGCUGCGACCCGCUGCUCACGUCGCUGCAGGGAUUCUCGCCUUCACAGCUGGGCAACGAGAGUGUGCAGCAGAUACUGCAAGCAGAAGGAGUUCUGAUCGGGAACUCUGAGGUCGAUCGACAGCUGCUGGAAGCCUCAAAAACAGGAGACCUGGAGACUGUGAAGAAGCUCUGUACGAUGCAGAACGUCAACUGCAGGGACGUGGAGGGUCGACAGUCAACGCCGCUGCACUUUGCCGCCGGCUACAACCGGCUGGCCGUCGUCCAGUUCCUGCUGCAGCACGGAGCCGACGUACACGCCAAGGACAGAGGAGGUCUGGUUCCUCUCCACAACGCCUGCUCAUACGGUCACUACGAGGUCGUCGAGCUGCUGGUCCUUCACGGUGCUGUGGUCAACGUGGCCGACCUCUGGAAGUUCACACCUCUGCACGAAGCUGCCGCCAAGGGCAAACUCGACAUCUGUAAACUCCUGUUGCAGCAUGGUGCCGACCCGACUCGGAAGAACCGGGAUGGGAACGCGCCUUUGGAUCUGGUGAAGGACGCCGACACAGACAUCCAGGACCUGCUGCGGGGCGACGCCGCCCUGCUGGACGCCGCCAAGAAAGGCUGCCUGGCCCGCGUGAAGAAACUCUGCACACACGACAAUGUCAACUGCAGAGACACACAGGGGAGACAUUCGACACCACUGCACCUGGCAGCGGGCUAUAAUAACCUGGAGGUGGCCGAGUACCUGCUGCAGCAUGGAGCUGAGGUCAACUCUCAAGACAAAGGAGGACUGAUUCCUCUGCACAACGCUGCCUCCUACGGGCACGUAGACGUGACCGCUCUGCUCAUCAAGUUCGACGCCUGCGUCAACGCCACCGAUAAGUGGGCGUUCACACCUCUGCACGAGGCCGCUCAGAAGGGCCGGACGCAGCUGUGCGCCCUCCUAUUGGCUCACGGUGCAGACCCCAGCCUCAGAAACCAGGAGGGGCAGUCGCCGCUGGACCUCGUCACGGCUGAUGACGUCCGGGCUUUGCUAACAGCCGCCAUGCCUCCCUCCGCUCUCCCCGGCUGUUACAAACCUCAGGUCAUCAGCGUGGCGGCCUCUGGUGCUCCACCCGUCGCUGUGGUCCCACCACUCCUCUCCUACUCCCCCUCCUCCUCCUCACCGUCCUUCACCUCCUCUGCUCUUGACGUCACAGCAGCAGCGACGACCAACAGCGACGCCGCUGCUGCGUCUAAAGCUUCAAACUCUUCACUCCCACCAUCAUCCUCAUCCUCAGCGUUUCCUGAGACGUCGGCGCUGCUGGCAGUGGAAGAGAAGAAAGAGGAAGGAGCUGAGCUCAGUAUCUGUCGGUUCUUAAAGAACCUUGGGCUGGAGCAUCUCCUGGAGAUCUUUGACAGAGAGCAGAUCACUCUGGAUGUGCUGGUAGAGAUGGGUCACCGCGAGCUGAAGGAGAUCGGCAUCAGCGCCUACGGACACAGACACAAGAUCAUCAAAGGAGUGGAGAGGCUCAUCAGUGGACCACAGAGUUUGAACCCCUAUCUGACGCUGAACACGGCCAACAGCGGGUCAGUCUUGAUCGACCUUGCAGCCGAUGACAAGGAGUUCCAGUCGGUGGAGGAGGAGAUGCAGAGUACGAUCAGGGAGCACCGAGACGGCGGCCAUGCUGGAGGAGUCUUCAACAGAUACACUCUGGUCAAGAUCCAGAAGGUCUGUAACAAGAAGCUGUGGGAGAGGUACACGCACCGCAGGAAGGAAGUUUCAGAGGAAAACCACAACCACUCCAAUGAACGCAUGCUCUUCCACGGCUCGCCCUUCGUCAACGCCAUCAUCCAUAAAGGGUUUGACGAGCGACACGCCUACAUCGGCGGGAUGUUCGGCGCCGGGAUCUACUUCGCCGAGAACUCGUCAAAGAGCAACCAGUACGUUUACGGGAUCGGAGGAGGGACGGGAUGCCCGCUGCACAAAGAACGCUCCUGCUACGUCUGCCACAGGCACCUGUUGUUCUGCAGGGUGACUCUGGGUAAGUCCUUCCUGCAGUUCAGCGCCAUGAAGAUGGCUCACUCGCCGCCGGGUCACCACUCAGUCACCGGCAGACCGAGCGUCAACGGCCUCGCCCUGGCCGAGUACGUCAUCUACAGAGGAGAGCAGGCCUAUCCAGAGUACCUGAUCACCUACCAGAUCAUGAAGCCUGACGAGUCUGCAGAUGGAUGAGGAGGAUGAAAUGCAGAAGAUGGGAGCUCGUCUGCUUCUGUCAGUCGCAUUACUAACUGCAUGCACAGAGCAAACUUUAUUUAUACAGAAUAUAAAGCCUGUCGCUUUUUACGUCUUCUCGUGGUUUUAAUAUUGUUUUCUGCACUUUAUGAUCUAUGAGUUAUCUCACAACGUGAUGUGAUGGAUUCAGGGUUCAGCUCUCUCAGAAAGGAUGAGUCACUUUCAUCACACAUCACCUGUCCUGCUCACCUGUGGGCUGCCUCACUACCUGGAGACUUUUCACAGAGGACGAAACACUUUGUCUGUAGUUGGACCGCGAUGCCCUCUUUGAAUUUUCCUCCUGUGAUCAGUCGGUGAAAUUGAAGCCUGAUGUCGGCUGCUCACACCCGCCGAUGAACGCGGCUCAUCCCGUCCGAAGAGCGAAUGGCUGUUCUCCACUAACAGCUUUACGGCGACAUCCUAAAGGAGUGAAGUGUUCCUGCUGUUUGACAUGUUGUGUGUAACUUUGUUUUUUGUACAAGCAUGUCGGUUCAUUAACAUUUAUGUGAAUGGUGUCUUCCCUUUGUGGUCUGUAGAGCUGGUUUUCCUCCUGCCUCAGUGAAAAGCAGGCUCUGACUGGCUACUUACACGACAUGCAAAAAGCUGAAUAUGCUGUCAACAGCUUGAGCCUCUUUUAAAGUCCAGACCCACGAACAUGACUUUUCCAGGCUCCAAACCGGGACAAACCUGAUCUACAUUCUCUCACUCGAGUCAGACUGGAAAAGCAAAAAGAUGAAUGUCAUGUAUGUGAACUUCCUGUGACUGUUGUGUAACGUGAGGUUAACAGCACUAAUGGGGACGUUUUGGAGCCCUGAUGCUUGGAGCUGUGCUGCCGUCUGACUCGAUGUCUGCUGUGCUGCUGACUGGGACGAAGCCAGCAGCCGAACGCAACAAACUGACUGAACAAAGUGGUGCUACUGAAGUUAAGAACAAAAAGGUAUGAGAAAUAAACAUUCUGUAAACAAACUGCUCAGUCUGUUUCACGUGUUUAAAAUGGUCAUCAAAAACAGUCGACCGUGAAGAGCCAGCAGACGUUAACCGGAGCGCACGACGACAGGAUGUGUGGACAGGACGCGGCGACGAGCACCGACUGACUGCGUGCUGAUCGCACACCUGAAACGCUGAUGUGUUUCUGUUGCACUCGCUUUACAUAAAUUAAUUCUUGUUGGAGAAAAAUGUCAGUCCUUUGUGGAAGCCCAUUUCUGCCAAUAUGA